AUGAAUUUGACGACGAUAAUUCAUUUUUUUAAUAUAUCUGAUGAAUAUUUUACUUUCAAUGAAUUAUAUCAUCGGAAUGUUACUUCAUAUGAUAUUCUUCGAUGGUCGUCAUCGAUUGAUGUUGCUGAACAAUAUCAAUAUUAUCUUGAUCGACCAUUUCAAUCUAAUCUAUCGAAUGAAACGUUUUUUAAUUGUACACCUCCAUGGUUUGGAUCUCGAUGCCAAUAUUCAUCAGAAAUAAAUGAAGAUGAAUUAGUUUGGAAUUCAUUUGAAAUGACUUUGACAGAUAUAAUGUUUCAACAAACGUGUUACAUUCUUUUAGAAUGUGAUCGUGGUGGUUCAUCGAUUUGUCUCGACUGGCGAGAGAUAUGCAAUGGUCGAAUCAAUUGUUUAAAUGGUGGUAUUGAUGAAAUUGGAUGUUUUAAAUUAGAAAUUAAUGAAUGUGAUGAGAAUGAGUAUCGAUGUCAUAAUGGAUUAUGUAUCCCAAAAAUCUUUUUGGAAAUGAUAUUUGUGGAACCACAAUGUUUUGAUCAAUCGGAUGGAAUUGUUAAGAUCGAUCAGCUUCUGACAGCUAAUUAUCCACCACAUCUAUUCAAAUAUCAAGAAUAUGUAUGUCGACCUGACGAAGGACAAU